UCAUGAAGGAGUUCAGACACACUCAGAGUUUGAUGAUGAUCCUGCUCGUGCUGCUUCUUGCCGUCGCUGGGCGUGGCCAGGCAUACAGUGUUCGUGGACAGGAGAUAAAUGGUGCGUGUGUGUGUGAAGUGAACAGCACACUCUGGGCUUUUCCUACUGCCAAGUAUGAAGUUGUGACAAACCUGCUUCAGAACUGUGAAGGCUCACUGCAGCGAUUCCAUACACAGACAGAGACGAGAACUAAGACUGUGACUGUGAUGGGGAACACGCUGGAAAUUGUGAAGAAGAGGCUGGAGAAGUACCAGUACCUAAAAGCUAAGGAUCUGUAUGACGUUUCACAGCUGAAGCAGCUCAGCCUGGAGAUCCAUCAGCUUCAGGACACCAUGAGUAACGUACCUACAAAUCAGGAGGAUGCACAGAAGAUACGCACAGAGUUGCAGAAGUUUAAGGAGGACGUGGAUACGGUGUACAAGAAUAACAUCUUUAACCUGGAAAAACUGAGGGAGAAGUUCCGCUCUCUCAAUAACCGUGUCCAGACCUGCAGGACCAUCCCUCAAAACUUCAGAAGUUCUUGUUCUCAGAGCAUGAUGAGUAAUAUCAGUGCUCCAGUUGUGGUUAAAAUAAACCCAUUCAGUACGUCUUAUAUCGCUGGAGCUUGGGGUCAUGACAUCUAUAAUGACACUGAAGAGACAUACUGGAUCCAGCCUCUAGCUAGUGGGCACAUGAUGGGCAUCACUGUGCGCUUCUACCAGACUUAUGAAGACUUCAUGGCUGGAAGUAACUACAAAGAUGAAACACUGGUCAACUCAUACACUCACGCUAACGCCAUUCAGGGUCCAGGCACCAUCAUUUAUAAGGGUGUAGUGUAUUAUCAGUGCUAUAACAUGCCUGAACUCUGUGCCUUCGAUUUGAAAACCAAACAAUUCCAACGUCUCGCGCUUCCUGAUGCUGUCAACAACAAAUUUCCCUACUGCUACUACAACUGCUUCGCUUGGACGGAUAUCAACCUCUCGGCUGACGACAAGGGCUUGUGGGUAAUUUACGCCACGGAAGCAAACCACGGGAACAUAGUGGUGAGUCGAGUGGACUUCGAAGACUUCAACAUAACACACACCUGGAAGACACGCCUGUUCAAGCGCUCGGUGACCAACGCCUUCAUGGUGUGUGGGGUGCUUUACGCAACUCGCUUCAUAAAUAUCUACGAAGAGGAAGUGUUCUAUGCCUUUGACACGACCACAGGGGCUGAGGACAACACGCUUUCGAUCCCUAUUGAGAAAGUAGCAGCAGGCGUCGCCAACCUUCAUUACAACCCCAUAGACAAGAGGCUCUACAUGUACAAUAGUGGCUACCUGCUCGCCUACCAAGCUGACUUCUGAACGCUACAUUUAAAUAUGUAAUAUAGAGCCAUAAAUGUGACUCAGAUUUAUUGUAGAAAUUCCAGUUUGACUUUUUAAACAUAUAAAUUCAAUCACAUGAAAAUGCUUGGCACUGACUAAAAUUUAUAUCAUACCCAAUUUGCUAAAAACAAAGCCUGCAAAUAAACUCAAUAUAAUAUA